AUGGAGGAAUUAACAAAAGCUCUAGUAGACUAUUAUGAUCCACGUACGGAUCUAACUCAUAAACAGCAUUUACAUGAACAAUUAAAUAAAUUUUUAAUUGAUAAAAAUUCAUGGCAAAUAGCGUUAACAACUUUUCAACAGCAACAACAAAAUCAAUCAAAUGUAAUGCCACCAUUAUUGAUCUAUUUUUUACUUCAAGUACUGGAACAUUCAAUCCGUCAUCGUUACGGAGAUCAGCAACAAAUUCGUCAGAUAUUACUUUGGUUUUUUCUUCAUCUAUUCGAAUCACUACCUGUUUAUGUUCGUUCAAAAUUGUGUUUACUCAUAGUUCAAAUUGUUCGCUGUGAUAAUCAAUGGUCAAUCGAUGAAUAUUUUCAAACUUGUUAUCACUUAAUUGAAACACAAACACUUAUAGGUUUAUUACUUUUAACAACAACAAUCGAAGAACUUGGUCAAAUCAAUGAAGAUUGUACUAUAAAACGUUGUAAUCAAUUAAAAACUACACUUAAUCAACAUGCACCACAUAUUAUUCAUAUUAUACAUGUAUUAUUAAAAAAAGACAAUAAUCAAAUGAAAGGUAACUAUUCGAAAUUUCAAAUCUUAAUAGAAUUUCAACUGAAUUUAGAUCCAUUAUUAAUAAAACAGCAAACAUUAAUAUGUUUGGAUCGCUUUAUAAAUCGUCUUUCAAUUCUUCCAUUACCAUCCGAAUUAAUUGAUGAUCUCUUUCAAUAUACAUCAUCAACAUGGUCAAUAGAUGCAUUAAAUUGUAUUCAUGAAUUAAUACUUAAACAACAUAUACCUCGACAAUAUGAAACAAUUCUUUAUUCAUCAUUACGUCAUGUUAUACAAUUACUUUUAAUACUUAAUCAAAAUUUAACAAAUAUAAUCAUAAAUAAGAUAACAGAAAUUUUACAUUCACUUUUUAGUUUACAUUUAAAACGAUGUGAAUCUAUUGAGAAUUAUCCAAUGUUUGAAUUAUUAAGUGGUGUCUAUAAAUUUACUUUUCAACAAGUCACACAAGAUGGAUUUUAUGCUUGUUUAGAUAUUUGGUCAAUAUUUAUUGAUUAUAUAAAAACAAAAGAUGAAAAUCGUCUAUUGAAUAAAGAAAGUUCAUUUGAAAAAUAUUCACAAAUUCUACGUUCAUUAAGUCAAGAAUUAUUACAACGUAUUCAUACUGCACAAACAAUGGCAGAGAAUUUAGAAGAAACUACCGAUCUGAAUGAUUCUGAAACUGCAACUGAUCGAUAUCGAAGAGAAUGUAUUGAUGUAUUAAGUAAAUUAGCUGAUAUUCCAAAUCUUUCUUCGCAUAUUUUACAUUCACUCAUAAGUCUGUUACAACCAGAUAUUGAAAAAUAUAAAAGUAUUCAAAAAUUAAUUCAAACUUCACCAAAUGAUCCUUCUCGUCAGCAAUUCAUAUUAAAUAAUGAUUCUAUACAUGCUUGUAGUCAAAUAUUGAACAGUUUUAGUAAUUUACUUCAUGCGUUUUCAAGUAUUGCAAGCACAUGUUUACUUGAUGAUGAUAAUAAUCAACAACAAAAUUACUUUCAAACCCGUCUAACACUUGUUCAUCAAUUCAUACAAUUAAUUACUUAUAUAAUUCAUGCUCGAUUCGAUUUAGUUGAAUGUUCAUCGAAAAAAAUACAUAAUGAACUUAUUCAUGCUCAAACACGAUCUUUUGAAUGUGUGACGAAUUUAAUUCCUUGGCUUAGUCAAAUGUUAGUUUUAUACAAUUCAAAUCAAGAUAAUCGUCGAAUGAUUCAAGAAUUAAUAACACAUAUUAUUGAUACUUGUACACCUUUGAUUGAUAUAAAUAAUUUUGAUAAAUCUAUUGCUAUAUCAGCUGGUACUCUUCUUUCUUCUAUUGUUCCUCUUACUCGCCAAAAUUUACCGAUUGAUCAAAUGAAUUCAAUUAAACAUUUAAUUCAUCGUGUUCUUACAUGGAAUAUCGUAAUUAAUUCAAAAACUAAUUUUCAACUUUAUAAAUUAUCGAUAAAAAUAAUAUCAUUCAUAAUCUUAACAGAUCAACAAUCAACAGAACAAUUUUUUCGUCAAAUUUUUCAACCAUUGGAUACACUGUUAAAAGAACCAGCAAAUUUUUUUAAUCAUCAACAAGAUCAAUACUUAAUUCGUCAUUCAUUUCUUGAAUAUACGAAAUUACUUUCCGAACUUAUAGAAUCUCUUCGUACAGAAAACAAUAAACUUCGUCAAAAUCUUUUUCUAUCAGUACAAUAUCUAAUUGUCAAUUUAAAUCGAUUUUUACCAUUCAUUAUCAAUCGUGAUACAGAAUGUGAAACAGCACUGAUUUCAUUAUUAUUAAUUAUUUUUGAAAUAUUUCGAACACAAAUGGGUACUGAUUUAAUUAAUACAAUACUACAAACAACGUUUUCUGCAUUUAACAUUGAAAAUGUUCAAAAUGUUCUUCGUGAAUCAAAAAAAAAUGAUCAUCCAGCCAUAUCAAGAUUUCUUGAAUUUCUAUCCUUACUUGUCAAUGAACCAGGAAAUAGUAAAUUAACUCAACAAUUUUUACCAACAAUUAUUGAAUUAUGUACAAACGCAUUAUAUCCAGCUAUACGAGAAAAUUGUGCGUUGGAUAUUCGAGAGAAUUAUUAUAAACUUGUUUAUAAUUUAUUAGUAAAUAAUUGGCGAUAUUUUUUUAAAGGAAAUGUUUUAACAACACUCAAUGGAGAAAUUGAAACAACUGCUAAUGAACAAAGUUUUAUUCAAUUAAUGGAGAGUAUUGCUUGGUCAUUUUCACAAGCUGAUAUCGAACAAUUUCGUGCGAAUUUAACGUCAUGUAAUGAACUUCAAUUAAAAUGUGGACUUUAUACAAAAUUAAUAUUUCGUCAACAAAUGUCUCAAGCACUUCUAUCACUUUUACUUAGUGUUUUACUUGCUCGUUCACAUGAAUUAUGUCGUGAUGAUAUUAUAUCAACAUUAUUUUAUAUAUUAACAAAUGAUAAUACGAAUAAUUUUGCUUAUUUUAUUCAUAAUUAUUUAGAUCAAUCAAAUAUACAAACAAUUCUAAAUGAUAAACAUAAACGUUUAUUAACAGAAACUUAUGGGCGAAAUGAAAUGGAUUUACCAUCAUUUACACAAAAUCUUAAUGAUUUCAUUCAUGAUUAUCGACAUUAUACAACGACUAAUUCAAGUUAA